CAAUGUCCCCUAUUUCCAAUUUCCCCAGCUACCAGAACAGCACUUCACGCGUUUCCGGGAAUAUCAGUGUUAAAAUUAAGGAGAGUUAGACAAGAGAGAGAGAAAGAAAAGAACGAAAGUGAAAGUUAUACCAUGCGGGUCAGCGACCGUCGCGGCGGCCGAUUGCUAGAGGGGGAUCUUGAUCAUUGCAAACUCUUUAAAAGGAUCUGUGUUAAGAGACACAACGAUGGCAAAGCAGCGAAGUUGGACCGCAAGGAGGUGUUGAGUGGCUGCGUCCACCUCUUCCACAUGGCCUGGAUUAAGCAGUUUCUGGUCCUGUGGUCAAUAUUCCAUGAAUCUCUUGCCUCCAAAGUAGAGAGCUGCAGCAAACCCAACUUUAAUGUUGAAAAUGUAGACAUGAGUGAAAUAAUGGAGACACAGUUUGAAGUUGGUCGGAAACUCCGACUGAAGUGCCAGAGGGGUUAUAAGAGAAAGGCAGGAACAUCCAAUCUCAUCAAGUGUCAGAACGGCUCCGAAUUUGCCAAAUGGACAGACCCCAUACUCCAGUGCAUAAGGAUAGGUGGUCCUCAACCACCAGCACCAAGCACUUCAUCAACUGAGACCCUUAAGGAUUUGACUCCAACCAUCCAUGGCACUUCAGGAAGUCAUCUAUUCACAGCCAUGACAUCAUUAGCAACAUCUGUAGAGCCGACAUCAUUAGCAACAUCUGUAGAGCCGACAUCAUUAGCAACAUCUGUAGAACCUACAUCUGUAGAGCCAGCAACAUCGGGAACCACUGCAGAUCAUUAUACAUCAACAAUGGACAUUACAGUCACCUCAGGAAGCCACUUGUCACCAGCAGUGACAACAGUAACAAGAGCAGCGGUAGAGACAACAACCCUGACCACUGCAACAAGAUCAAUUACAAUCUCCAGCCAAACCUCCUCCGUCCCUCCGUUAGUAACAGAUACCUCAGACGUAGGACUGAGACCAUUAAAUACGACAUGGACAGCAGUAAGGCCAUCAACAUCAAGUGCCUCAACAGUUGGAACAGAAUCCCUACCAGCAGUGCCCUCAGACCGCAAUCAAAGAGCAGCAGCUGAAACAACAAUCACAUUCAUUACUAGCAGUACCACAGGAACGGAAGCAGUAACAACCAGGGAAACACUGGCAGAAAGAACAGUAAAUUCUCCUACAGCAUCAGAAACAACUCCUGACAUUGCCUCUACUAUUACUACCACAGACAUCAAUCAAACAAUGACUGCUGGAAAAAGCAUUGGAUUAGUCAUCGGGGCCAGCGCAGGAAGUUUAUUUGUCAUUUUGCUGGUCAUUCUAUUCUUGGUCUGGCUAUUGGUUUGCAGAAACAGAAUCCACUGCACCAGGUUCUGGUUUGCUGAGCAUGAAUUGACGGCAAUGGCACCAAUGGAGGUACAAACAGUGGUGGAUGAAAGUGAAACUGGACCUUUACAGUCACAGGGAGAGAGAUGACAUUCAUAAACUGGUGAUAUGGUUCAAC